CACCACGGGCAGAUUGUGAAAAUGUCGCCUCCUGUUGUCCACCUGCGGUCUGAGACCAAGCCGCUAGAGCGCCGCUCUCCAUUGUCACCCGAGACGGCCAAGGCUCUCAUCGACGCCGGCUACACUGUCCGAGUGGAAGAAUCGCCGGACCGAAUCUACAAGGCUGCUGAAUUCAAAGCUGUCGGCGCUGAGAUCGUCCCGGCUGGGUCAUGGGUCAAUGCGCCGGUAAAUGAUGUGAUUCUCGGUUUGAAAGAGAUUGAGGCGGAUGGCACUCCGUUGCCACACACAUACAUCCACUUUGCUCACAUCUUCAAGAAGCAGCAUGGUUGGGCUACCGAACUAUCCCGUUUCUCAAAGGCCGGUGGUUUACUCUACGACCUCGAAUUUUUAACCGAUGAGACUGGUCGACGAGUGGCCUCAUUUGGCUCUUGGGCUGGAUACGCCGGUACAGCUUUGGCCUUGCUAUCUUGGGCGCAUCAACUUUUGCACCCAGGUGUUCCCCAAGGCCCAGUGCCAGUCUUCGAUUCUGUUACUGCUCUGGCAGACUUUGUGAAGUCAAAUCUGCAGGCAGCGCUAUCUGCAAACAACGGCGAGUUUCCACGACUGAUCAUAAUUGGAGCCCUGGGACGUUGUGGCAAGGGGGCUAUUGCAGCAGCAGAGGCGGUUGGCGUUAACAACAUCCUAAAAUGGGACAUGGCCGAGACGAGCAAAGGCGGGCCUUUUCCUGAAAUUGCCUCGUCCGACAUCUUCGUCAACUGUGUCUACCUAGGUGCUGAUAAGACUCCUCCUUUUACUACCUUGGAGUCUCUAUCAGGACCUGAGAGGCGACUUCGUGUCAUUUGCGAUGUCAGCUGCGACCCCAAUAGCGACAACAACCCAAUACCCGUGUAUUCUAGCUACAGCUCGUUCGAAAGCCCUACCGUCCCUGUUUCUGGCCAUCUUGAUGGACCUGAGCUCCGCGUUAUUGCUAUCGAUCACCUUCCAACAAUGGUCGCUCGUGAGUCUAGUGACGAGUAUUCCUCGUUGCUGCUACCCAGCUUGUUGACCUUGGAUCGCCGGGAUACUGAAGGUGUUUGGAAGAGGGCAGAGCAGACGUACCGGGAGAGGGUUGCAGAAUUGCCGUAGAUGUUAAUUAUAUCAUGACGGCUUCUCACGCAGUAGGCUCCAUGUCGCCAAUUUCGUAUACAGAACUGUGCCUAUUCUUCACUACCGUGGUUGAUGUCGAGUCACUUCCCUUUGCCUAGAAGCAGAAGUAUUGUGCUGAGGUUCAAAUGAAGCUUGAUUUUCUCGUCUACAAAGGGAGUCGAUUAAGACGUGGAGGGGCCACGUUGUGGGUUAUGAAUCGGCCGAUCGGACCUAAUUGAUGAAGCCAUAUGUACUAGGUAGGUAGUCCGAUUGACUUUUGAAUCAGGUGACUGUC